GUAAACAAACAAGUAAGAGCUGCAGGAGAGCUAAAAUGAAACAUUCUUCUAUUUUUAAUACAUUCAAUAAAGUUCUACUGAAAGCGUGAAAAUAGUAUAUCAAUCAAUGCAGAACAGCAUCAGGAUUCACCAGCGGCGUUAAAGGUGAUUUUGCUGUGCAGUGCAAUGUUUCAGACUUCCUUUAAGUACUACAAAUCGAAAAAUCCACCACCUACGUUCGAGAAUGUGCUCGUUAUCGGCAUGGAUCAUCCUAAUCUACAUGAAUCUGAGCCGCUACGCCACAUCGAUGGAAGCAAUUGUUUAGGCUUAAAACCACCUAGAGAGUGGAAAGUAUACGAACUGUCAACCAGACCGGGAUUGCUCUUGCUGGCCAAUCCAUUCACCUGCGAAGGCCAGCGUCACUGGAUGAUGCGUAGCUUGGUGGAUUAUCCGAUGUCACCCAAUACCACCAACCAAAGCAACAUAGCGCAAUUGAACCAAGAUGUGGGCGACUCCUGGUGGGAAACGCUACGAAGCAUUCCGGAUGUAACCGAACGACGGAAAUUUGCCAAACAGCUACGAUGGGUCACGCUAGGCUAUCAGUACGAUUGGACAAAUAAGGUGUACGAUGAAACACGCAAAGAAAGCUUCCCAUCGGAGCUGGCCUCGCUGGUUCGGUACGUCGCUACCGUACUUCGGUACGAACGGUAUUCACCGGAGGCAGCCAUCGUUAAUUACUAUCCGAUCGGAUCGACGCUUGCCGGACAUACGGAUCAUUCCGAGGACGAUCAGAUAGCACCUUUGUUUUCGUUCAGCUUUGGACAGCCCGCAGUAUUUUUGAUCGGUGGCGCUACGCGCGAAGAACGACCCGACGCUGUUUUGCUGCGUAGUGGUGAUAUCGUUGUUAUGACCGGCGCGAGUAGACAAUGUUAUCAUGCGGUUCCGCGUGUGUUUACCGAUUCGGAACUCGUUGAAGAAAUGGGACACAGUGCCAAGCGCUGGAAUGCAACCGAUUCGCUGAUGGUGCAACGUAUAGAUGAGACAUGGCGCGAAGUUGAACAGUACAUCCAGUACAGCCGCAUCAACAUAAAUGUUAGGCAAGUGUUAAGAGAGAAUCAAUUGACGCUACAAGCGGCCAGUUGAUGGGUUUAAUGGGUUUUAGACCAUGGAAUUUGUACGGCAGAGAUGUUAAUGUUAUUCUUCUGUAUGCACAUUCAGUGUAAAUUUAUCGUUCUUUCCCUAAUAUCACAUAC